UUUCAGUUCUGCUGAUAACAUCAGUGAGUUGUUUUAACCCAGAUAUUAGUGACGUUGUCACUGAGGAUGGUUUUCAUUGGCUCGAUGAUGCAGCUUUGACCUCAGCUGUGGGUCUCCACGCAGACCCACAUAGAUAAUAAGAUAUUAGCUGUUAGAUUAUCGAGAGGUCACCAUGCAACUGUUUAUUUUUCUGCUUCUCCUGGAAAUACACGGCACGGUGGGACUGACUCGCUCUCUGAGAUAUUUCUACACUUCUUCCUCUGGAGUCUCAAACUUUCCAGAGUUUGUAGCUGUUGGUUUGGUUGAUGAUGUUCAGAUGAUUCACUAUGACAGCAACACAGAGAAAGCAGAGUUUAAGCAGCAGUGGAUGGAGAAAGCUGCAGAAGAUGAUCCACAGUAUUUGUCCCGCCAGACUAACAGGCUCAUGAACACCCAGCAGAUCUUUAAAGGCAACAUCGACACUUUGAAGCAGCGAUUCAACCAAACUGGAGGCGUUCACAUUAAUCAGAUGAUGUACGGCUGUGAAUGGGACGAUGAAACGACUGUAGUUAACAGCUAUCAUCAGUAUGGCUAUGAUGGAGAAGAUUUCCUAUUAUUUGACCUGAAGACACAGACAUGGAUCGCUCCAGUAAUGCAGGCUGUAAUCACCAAACACGAGUGGGACAGUGACAGAUCUCUUUCAGAUGAUCUGAGGAAGUAUCACACCAAGCUUUGUCCUGAGUGGCUGAAGAAGUACGUGAACUAUGGGAGGAGCUCUCUGAUGAGGACAGAGCUUCCAUCAGUGUCUCUCCUCCAGAAGUCUUCCUCCUCUCCAGUCACCUGCCACGCUACAGGUUUCUAUCCUGACAGAGCCGAGAUGGUUUGGAGGAAAGAUGGAGUGGAGCUUCAUGAAGGUGUGGAUCCUGGAGAGAUCCUCACCAACCAUGAUGGGACCUUCCAGAUGAGUGUUGAUCUGGAUCUUUCAUCAGCCAUACAUGAGGACUGGAGCAGGUACAUCUGUGUGUUUCAGCUCUUUGGUGUGAACGAGGACAUCGUCACCAAACUGGACAAAGCAGCAAUCAGGACCAAUGAGGGUAAAAUUGGAAAAAGAAGUUCUUCAGUCUUCCCUGCUGGUGUUGUUGUCCGGAUUAUGGGCAUCCUGCUCCUCCUGACUGUCUGCUUCUCUGGAGUCUUUAUCUGGAGGAGAAAAUAUAAAGAGCUGUACUGACAAGCACAACAACAUCGCCUAUACUGUGCAGUUUAAGCAAAUUCAAGCAAUGCAGACACAUUACACCACCCUACGUCACUUAGCUUCUAUAAUGGCUGCCAGAGCUGUACUGGGUGUUAUCGAGCAUUUUCCCCAUGGGCCGGCCUCUGGACACUGGAUUACCAUCAACCGUGACUCUCUCCUGUGUGCAGUUCCCUCGUUAUCCCUCAGUGUGUUUAAGCCCCGUGUUUCUGUCUGUCACUGUUGUGUUGUACCAUCAUCCUACACUGUGUGUUCAGUCCAUAAAUCUGCCUAAUUUAUUUGUGUCUUUAGUUCAGUUAGCUUUUUCCUUGUUCAGCAAUAAAGCUGUUUUUUAAGUUUACGUUUUGUGUCCUGGAGUCUGAAUAUUGGAUCCUUUUCCUGGCUUCCUGCACACAUCACAUGACGAGGAAUUUAAAAAAUGUGGGAUUUUAUCACAGGACAAAAAGGGCCUGUAUCCCUCAGCAGUAUACAAAUUUAUGAAUCUGUCAUGUAUCAAUAAUCUUUAUGGAGAAAAUAUGGGGAGAUCAGAUCAGUCACAGAACAUUAUAUGGAAAUGAAUAUUAUAAAAUAUCUUGUAAAAUACAAGAUAUACAUCCCAAAGAUCACAGAUCUGGCAAAAGGUCUUUAAAGAUUUGUCUGGAAACAUUUUAUAUAAUAAACGAAAAUCUGCUUAUAGCUCCAAUGGCAAAUUGGCAGGCCUUCAUGUCAAAAUAUGAAGGGUCAGACACAGAUCCUUCAGUGGAGUGUUUUUGUGUUUGUUUUUUAUCUCGUCCUGCCUGGCAGCUUUUGCAAUCAGAAUAAUGACCUGAACGGCAGUGCCAAACCCAUUUUGCUUCUCCAAGGUCAGGUCUACAAACACUCUAUUGGCUCCUGUUGUUCAUGUGUUUCUUUUAUCUGUUUAUUUAUUCAUUUCUAUUUGUGUUACUUCAGUUAUUACAUUAUAUGUGGUAUAGUGUGUCUAAGGCAUGAGAGAAAAAAAGAAAGGGAGAAAAAUCGAGAAAAUAUAAUAAAAGGGUAGAGUACAAAUAGAAAAGCACAAUGUACCGCAAGCUGCUGCACCUGUAAAAAAAAACAAAGAUACAGCACCUGGAACAAAAAACAGUGCAAAUGCACAGAUACACAAAUCAAUAACCUUCUUGUGGUGAGUGUGAGAGAGAGAAUACCUGUGUCUUUGUCAUAAAGGUACUUUAAAGACACCGGUUUAGCUCAGUGGGAAUGAGCGACACUGUGUUUUAUGGCUGAGAACAGCAGGUCGAGUCCGACCUGUUGCCCCUUGCCACAUGUCUCUCUCUCUCCCUGGCUUUUGUUUCAGUCUUAACUGUACCUUAAGGGCUGGAACCAGAAAAAGGCCCCAAAAAACAAAUGUGCUUAAUUAAAUUAAAGUCUGGAAGCCACAAUAAUGCCCCCCAGGAGCCAGAGGCAAACAGAGAUGGAACCAGGACAACCGGGCCAUCCACAGCCCCCAAGAAUACUGAAGACCUGAGGCCACACAUCUUGGCUUUUUAUGUAAAAACCAUGUCAGCUUUGACAAUUGACUUUUCAUAUCCUUAUAAAAGAAUAAGGAAAGGACCACGGAGAGUAGCCUGCUCAUCUCAGCAAGUGACUGUAAGAAACAUAAGCAAUCUGACAGCUCCCCAAAAAUGAAGCUAAAACAUCUCCAAAACGUCCAGGUCAUAAGCUCUGAUUCCUCCAUGUUAGCCAAU